UGGCAGAGGGGGUGGAGCAGAGAUCAGGACGGCUCGAAAGACUGGGGUAAUUGGACAUUGGAGAGAAGAAAAAAAAGGGGGGGGGUCCAAUAAAAAAAAGAAAAGAAAACUUCCUCUAGUGACUCUACAUCACCUCGCUCUGUGUGCAGUCUGGCUGUACAUUGCAGAUGCUUUCUGUGUUGUGAACACUGCUGGCAUCUACGGGGUAAAACCUCCCCACAAAGAUGUAUAUUUAACAGAAGGCGAAGCGAAAUAUCUGGAAUGCAUUAUGGUGGAUUACGCCCGUAAUCCUUAUUAUGCUAGGAUUCAGUGCGAAAAUGGGGUACAGAGAACACAGAGGUGCUACAGCAGGAGCUGAUCUGACGUUUUCUGAAACCUGUCCUGUUUUGUUUAUAUGCGACAGAAUACAGAUCCCAUGCAUGAGAGAAGUUGUCCUGUCUUUCCUACACAACGCAAUGAAAAAGUACACCGGUCACACUUGGUGCCGUAUGACCCGUCCGAUCCGUCGUCGCCGAUGAGAAAGCGUCGCCACCUGCUGCAACCGCCGUCUUCUCUCAGUCCGCCUCGCUCCAUUCAUGGUAUCAGGGUUAGCCUGCUAUGCUAAUAGUGCUACAGAUGUUAGCCAGCUAGCUAAGCUCCGUGUUGAAUGGCGACGACUGUGCGCGGGGAGGGAAGAACGUGUUGGGAGGAAUUUUUUCUGUCGAGUUUUUUUUUCUUUUCCGCAAAUUGUGCUGGCUAGAGCUGUGUAUGUUUAUUUAUGGGUGAAAGAGAAUUCGUUUUGUUUUUAGGUAAACUGUUUCCUGUUAUCUUGUUAGGGUAUUUGAAGCCAUAGGCUAGAUGUUUUGAUGCUGUGAAUUUGUUUGCUUUUGUUUCAUUUUGUUUGUUUAUGUACUGUUAUAGCCUAAUUGAGACAUGUCUAGCAGAGAUAUUUUCAAUACGCCUGUUAGUUCUUUCUCUGAUGGGCAUGAUCUUCCUAAUGGUGUGGGAAGGGGACAGUUCAUUCAUGGUAUGGGAAGGGGACAGUCCACUAGUGUGGGUAGAGGGCAGUUAGUAUUGCCGGUUGGGUAUGGGAGAGCUAGGUUUAGGUCCGUGUGUCCUGUUGUGGGCGGCCUUGAUAAGGGGAAUGAUGAGUCACUGUUUAGUGUGUCGGGUCCCUCUGCCAGUUCAACACCUAUCGUACACGCCUCCCACCUGUCUCAGCAGACUUCCCCCCAAGUUGUUGUUACUACUGAAACACUGGGCAGUGAUAUUACUGAUUUAGCUGAGCAGAUUAGUGACAAUAUCGCUGCUAGCUUCCAUGCCAUGCACAGUCAGAGUCCAAGCCCCCUCCCCUUUUUAAAGGUGACAAGUCUGAGACAUUUUCCAUUCAUGAGUGGGAAGAUAUGAUGAGGAGCUACAUGAGCAGGAUGGCCUGCGGCUCAGAUGCUGAGGGGUCUGACCUGAUAAUGAGCAGGCUGAGUGGUAAAGCUAGAGAUGUGGUGAAAGUGUCACUCCGUAGUCAUCCGGGAGUCAUUCCAGCUGAGCUUCCUACCACAAUAUUUGACAUCCUCAAACGCAAUUUCAGUGAGCUCACAUACUCCAGCAUGCCUAUGAAGGACUUUUAUGGGACUGUGCCGCGCGUGUCAGAGAGUGCAAUGGAUUAUUGGAUCCGACUGAACAAAGCCAUCGAUAUUGCCGAUGAGAGCCUCCGCAGGCGAGACAACAGUGUUGAGGAUCCGAGUGCUGGGGUAGUCAUGAUGUUUAUCACUCAUUGCCCUGACCCCAGACUGGCAGUGUAUUUCCAGUUCAAGCCCGUGGAGCAGUGGACAGCAGCUGAAGUCCAGGAGAGGUUGGAUGGUCAUGUGAGGAGUCUGAAGAGCACAGCUGCCCAUCCCCAACACGCAAACGUCUCAGUCUGCACACAUGAAUGGAUGGUGCCAGCCCCUCACUGUGGCACACAGCACCAGCCUGUCGUGGUAACCUCCACCGGUUUCGUCUGCACCUGCCACUGCAUAUACUCUUGUUCCCAUUCAGUCUCAACAACCCCCUGUGUUGGCCGCUCAGUCUCCCCAGAUCCAACCUCGCCGGUCAGGAGGCUAUUCCAACCUGCCAGAACGCACUCACGCUCAGUCCAGUUCCCCCUACAAAGGUCGCCAACCGACUCUCCACCAGAUGACGGGUUUCAAAGCCAAGAUGAGCUACAGCAGGAGCUGAUCUGACGUUUUCUGAAACCUGUCCUGUUUUGUUUAUAUGCGACAGAAUACAGAUCCCAUGCAUGAGCGAAGUUGGCCUGUCUUUCCUACACAACGCAAUGAAAAAGUACACCGGUCACACCAAGUCGAGCCUUAGCUUGACAGUCAGCAUGGUGAUCUAGAAAGAAGAUAACAGGUCCUGAAUUAUGUUUAGCAGCAUCUACCAAAAAAAAUAUACAAGAAAAUAAAGAAAGAAAUCUUAAUUAAACCUUAAUAGAAGACAACUUUCCAAAUAAUGACUUUAUAUCAUUGAAACUACUAGAUAGGUAACUAAAAUGUGUUUGGCCAUUCAGGUCAUCUUCUUUCAAAUUAAAAACAAAAGUGUAUAUUCUAUAUAUGUUGUGUAUAGAAAUGCAAAAAUUCAUGGAAGUAUAAAAUUUGGGUACCAGAGAAAUCAAAAUUUGUUAUUUAUCCCCUUUGAGCAUUUUUUUCUUUUACAUUGUGCUCUGAAAUUUAUAUAUUUUUUUCUAGUUUUUCGUUGAUUUAUUCUCAGUCUGGUGCAGCAUAAUGUAGGUGGGAGCUUUCCAACUAAAUUUCAACAUCAGCAUCAAAAAGGUUUGAAACUGUCACAAAAAUAAGAGUACCUACAAAUCUACACCAUAGACAACAACACAGAGCUACUUUGUCAUAUGUCGGCAUGUUUAAAAGGCUCCCACUAUCAUCCACUUUUGUUUAAUUGUGCUCUAAUGUAAAUAAUAAA